CGUUCUAUUAUUAUUAUUCUGAAUUUGUUUUUCAAUCAUGAAGUGUCUCGUUCUUUUAUUCAUCUGUAUAAUAGGUGCUGCAGCAUUUAUUUCAAAUGAAGGAGAAAAAGGCAAAGCACGUAUGAGAAUUCCCAGACAAAUACUAAUCGGUAUGACAGCGAGGUUUACAGAGCUUGUAAAUAAGGUGAUAAAAAGUUGUAAAGAUAAUGGUUUAUCAGAUGAAGAUUCUCAAAAAUUAGAGAUAACCUUUAAAAAUAUGACAACAUGUUUCUCAAAAAAACAGUUAUUCUUACUAUCCAAAGAUGAUUUCAUUAAAAAUAUUGUUGACUGUAGUGUUAAAGCAAAAGAUGAGGCUAGAAAAUGCUUACCCGAUGAACAAAAGUGGUUUCCGCGCUUUGCUUUAGAGUUGGCAAAAUCAAUGGUCAAUUUUAUGUACGAUGAUCAGAAGAUAUUGCAAGCUGAAAUUCCUAUAUGCAUGAUUCGUUUCGAAGAUUUUGAUGUACAAUUGUCAUAUAUGCAAUGUUUACUAGAUGCUAAAGGCCCACAAUCGAUCAAUCAAGAAGACAAUGGCGGAAUACCUCAAUCUAAGAAAGAAUUUUGCAGAAAAUUUUUAAGUUCAGCUCUUUGUUUCGAUCAAACAUUGAAGGCCAAUUGUGAAAUGUCACCCAGUUUAGUAAAAUUUAUCAACGACUUUGUAAAAGCCAAAGAAAAACCAUGUAAUGAUGAAACAGAAGAUAAUUUUUCAUACUAGUGUUAAUUUCAUUUAUUAUACUUGUAUUUUUGCAGCAAUAAAUUAUUAAAAUA